GCAUCCGGCGGCGUUGCUUAUUCGAGGACACGCAUCUUUGGGAAAUACAGCUCCUGCGCUUUAUCCGUUUAAGCCGGUUUUAGUAUUAUUCUAGUAUUAUAAUAUUUAUUACUAGUCCACUAUUUAUCAUUAGCUGUCUUUCUCUGUGUGUUUUCGUAUUCGACUCUUUUUCUAUUCGUCCUCAACCAUUACAAUUUUGUAGUUAAAAAAAAGAGGAAGUGGUUUAAAACCCGCGCAAAGGAACAACCUGAAGAAAGGGCUUUUUUUUUGUUUCAGAGAAUGAACGUUACUCCUGGAACAGCAGAGAUGAGCCGCUUUAGCAUUUCACCAGAUGAAGACAGCAGCUCCAGUUCCAACAGCAACGAGUACUCUACCUGUCCCACCAAGAAAGUGCCACUGAGCAGUCCAUACGGUGACGUGGAUGCUGAAAGCCAGAACUUCCUCCCAAGUUACAUCCAAGGAAAGAAGAAGUAUGAAGUUGAAUAUCAUCCUGGCACGGCUUCGUUCGGGAUGUCCGUGUUCAACCUGGGCAAUGCCAUCAUGGGCAGCGGGAUACUCGGCUUAUCGUACGCCAUGGCCAACACGGGCAUCGCCCUGUUUGUCAUCCUGCUGGUAGCUGUGUCCUUAUUUUCCCUCUACUCUGUACAUCUGCUGCUCAAGACCGCUAAUGAAGGAGGUUCUUUGGUCUAUGAGCAGUUGGGCUACAAGGCUUUCGGCUUGCCAGGCAAGCUUGCAGCGUCGUGCUCCAUCACCAUGCAGAACUUUGGAGCCAUGUCCAGCUACCUCUUCAUUGUGAAGUACGAAUUACCAAUAGUCAUCAAAGCAUUUGUAGGAGAUGAAGGGGUAUGGUACACCAACGGAGACUACCUGGUGUUGCUUGUUACUGUCGUCAUUAUUUUGCCGCUUUCACUGCUUAAAAAUCUGGGCUAUCUUGGCUACACAAGUGGGUUCUCAUUGUUGUGCAUGGUCUUCUUCCUAAUUGUGGUGAUCUACAAGAAAUUCCAGAUCUCCUGCCCUCUUCUCAAUGAUUUCAUCAACAUGACAUUAAACAACACGACUGCACAUCCCAACAUCACGGCCACCGCCUAUAACGAGGAUUCUUGCAAACCCAAAUACUUUGUCUUCAACUCACAGACUGUGUAUGCCGUGCCAAUUCUCACCUUUGCCUUUGUGUGCCACCCGGCUAUUUUGCCCAUGUACGAGGAGCUCAAAGAUCGUUCCCGGAGAAAGAUGCAGAAUGUGGCUAAUGUGUCUUUCCUGUCCAUGUUCGUCAUGUAUCUGCUCGCUGCUCUGUUUGGAUACCUGACCUUCCACGAUGCGGUCGAGGAUGAACUUUUACGCACAUACUCAAAGGUGUUCAAAUUCGAUGUGGUGUUGCUGAUUGUACGUCUGGCUGUGCUGGUUGCUGUCACUCUUACUGUCCCUGUUGUCCUCUUUCCUAUCCGUACCUCGGUGAAUCAUCUGUUAGGCGUUUCAAAAGAUUUCAACUGGAUCCGCCACACCAUCAUCACUGUGGCUUUGUUGGCUGGGGUCAACGUUCUCGUCAUCUUCGUCCCCACCAUUAGGGAUAUCUUUGGAUUCAUUGGUGCUUCUGCUGCCGCUAUGCUGAUCUUCAUCCUGCCGUCUGCUUUCUACAUCAAGCUGGUAAAGAAGGAGCCCAUGAACUCUGUGCAGAAGAUAGGGGCAGUCCUGUUCCUGGCCAGUGGAUUCGUUGUCAUGUUCGGUUGCAUGACUCUGAUCAUCCUGGACUGGGUCCACAAUGCUGGUGCUUCUGAGGGCCAGGGCAAUGGUCACUAAGAGGCAGCGUGAGUGACAGGUGGGCUGGACAUGUCUCUAGCGGUGCCUAGCUGCUGUCCAGUCUUUGACUGUUCCUGUUCUCAUUGCUACAACCGCAAACAAAAUUGACAAAUCCUGCUCUUCUUCCAGCUCAGAGCAAAGAACUUCAUACCAUUCUGAGAGAAUGUGCUGAACUCUGUACAGUAUGCUGUUAGGCCACAAGGAUGGUGCUUUAUCUUACACUUUUGUUGCCAUGACAAGUUUUUAUAUUAGUUCCUGCGUUUUCAGUCCUGUUAAUUCAAAUACUGAUGUAUUACAGAAAUCGUGAAUGCAAGUGCAAAUCAAGAGAAUGAUCUCAGUGCACAGUACUCAGUAUUUAGCUACUCGAACUCGCAAAAAAAACUCAACUAGCUCCGUGUCGCAACUCACCCAAGUCAAGACCUAGCAUUUGACUUCUCUUUUUACCUUUGCCAAAAAAUCUUUCCUACUGGUUUGUAUAUUGAAAAGCACUUAAUAAUCAAAAUAUAUGUAAACGUCGUCAAUUCAACCUUUACUAGUCAGCUUUGAUCUUACGAGUUACAAUGUCAUUUGACUGUACUAUAUUAGUCGACUUGUAAAAAAAAAAAAACGCUUAGAUUUACUAAUGAACAAAGUCCUUUAGUCUUUCACCUGAGGUUUUUGGUAGUCGAACAAGACACUGUCAGGAGAAAAAGGUACUAUACAGGUACAUUUGCGUUCCUCAAGGUACAAUAGUUUAACGUCGUAAAGGUACACUACAUUCACUUACCCAGGUAAAUCCAAAAGGAACCAAAAUAUCCACCAGUUUAGUACCUUUUUCUUGAACGAAGGAUGAAUUUACUCUAACACACUGAAAACCUAUUUGAGAACAUAUUUUACAGCAAUAACCUCACUGAUCAAAAGGCAAGACUGAAGGCUAGAUUGCUGUGCUUUUAACUGUUAGAAGUCACCAAAGUAUUUCUUUGAAGAAGAAUUAACAUUUAACCACGUGCAGUGGUUGAAAAUGUGUUGAAUCUCACAUUACUAAACAGACAGUACAUUAAAACCUUUCAAGAGAAGUAGAAGAUGAGGCUUUCAACUUUUCCAUCUUCAGUAUUUAUUAACCAUCGGCAGCUUAAAGUUUUUUGAAUGUUUGCCAGAGGGAGACUGAGACGGAGGGAAAAAAUCAGAAAGAUAGAAAAGGAUAGGGAAAGGGCAAGAGGAUUUAUUUAAAACUGGUCACGUCCACUGUUGUGUCAUUAGCCACUGAGUGAAUUUAGGCUGCCUCUGUGCAGCCUUUACACACACACAUACGCACACACACAUUAGUACAACCUCACUCUGCUUCUAGUCACUAACAUCGUGUCAUCUAAAAUGUAUUGUCCAACACUUAUUUAUAGAAGAACAUCAGUGUAAUUUAAUCUAUUUUACUAUAUUUAUAUAUAUAUAUUGUAAAUAUGUGUAUAUACCAAAUGAAGUGUGUAUAUAUAUGCUGUUUUUAUUGCAGACCCAUGUGUAUUUGUUUCCCUUUUUUUUUGUGUUUUUUUUUUUUUUUUUUGGCUCAGUGUUUCAAAUAUAAAUAUCUGCCAGUGACGGGUCUCAUUACCCACUGGUUUGGGGAAAGGACUGUCUAAUGUUAGACCAGUGUCAUGGCUGGAUAUGAAAGACUGAAUUUGAAAAAAUUCCUUCAGAGUACAAGAGGCCACGCUGCUCAUAGCAACUUGCGCUGCACAUUUCUCGUACAUUAAGACUGCUGUACUUAAACAAAAGAGUCCUCGGAAUAUGAAUGGCCAGUCGUACAAGUGCUCUUGUUUCAAUGAAACACUAUGUAUAUCGUGUAAUUACUGUUCAAUAAACCAUAAAGAUAAA